CGUGAGUAGCUCCCUCGCUCUCUCUCAUGGUCGUUGCUGCAGCGUCUCUAUAUAAUUCCCUCUCCUUCCGUCUACAAAUUUUCACCCAUUCCUCUCUUUCUCCAAUCGGCGAUAUCCUCGAGGCCAACUCGGAGUGACUCAGUCUGGUUCAGGUGUGUUUGAGUGAGUGUAUUACAGUAUGGCUACCGGUCAACUCUUCUCUCGUACUACACAAGCUUUGUUUUAUAAUUAUAAGCAGCUUCCUAUCCAACGCAUGCUCGAUUUUGACUUUCUUUGCGGAAGAGAAACACCAUCAGUGGCUGGAAUUAUUAACCCAGGCGCGGAGGGAUUCCAGAAAUUGUUUUUUGGUCAAGAGGAAAUUGCAAUUCCUGUACAUUCAACUAUUGAAGCUGCUAGUGCUGCACACCCUACCGCUGAUGUAUUUAUAAACUUUGCAUCAUUUAGAAGUGCGGCUGCAUCAUCCAUGGCUGCUCUGAAACAGCCUACUAUUCGAGUUGUAGCUAUUAUAGCCGAGGGAGUUCCUGAAUCAGAUACCAAACAGUUGAUAGCAUACGCACGGGCCAACAAUAAGGUUGUCAUUGGCCCAGCUACUGUUGGAGGCAUUCAGGCUGGAGCUUUCAAAAUAGGUGACACUGCUGGAACAAUUGAUAACAUAAUUGCUUGUAAGCUGUACAGACCUGGAUCUGUUGGAUUUGUCUCCAAAUCUGGUGGCAUGUCAAAUGAACUAUACAGCACUAUUGCCCGUGUAACAAAUGGCAUUUAUGAAGGUAUUGCUAUUGGAGGAGAUGUGUUUCCAGGCUCCACCCUUUCCGAUCAUGUGUUGCGAUUUAACAACAUUCCACAGAUUAAGAUGAUUGUUGUACUUGGGGAACUUGGUGGACGAGAUGAGUAUUCCCUUGUUGAAGCCCUCAAACAGGGAAAGGUGAACAAACCAGUAGUUGCUUGGGUCAGUGGAACUUGUGCACGACUUUUCAAAUCAGAAGUACAAUUUGGUCAUGCUGGUGCUAAGAGUGGAGGUGAGAUGGAGUCUGCUCAAGCAAAAAAUCAGGCACUACAGGACGCUGGAGCUGUUGUUCCCACUUCAUAUGAAUCUUUUGAGACUGCAAUUAAGGAAACAUUUCAGAAGCUGGAGGAAGAGGGUAAGAUUUCAGCUGUAAAGGAGGUUAAACCUCCACAAAUCCCCGAGGAUCUUAGUUCUGCAAUUAAGAGCGGCAAAGUUCGGGCACCAACUCAUAUCAUCUCUACAAUCUCUGAUGACAGAGGUGAGGAGCCAUGCUAUGCUGGUGUGCCCAUGUCAUCCAUCGUUGAACAAGGCUAUGGUGUUGGUGAUGUCAUCUCACUUUUAUGGUUCAAACGUAGCCUUCCACGUUACUGUACCCAUUUUAUUGAGAUUUGUAUCAUGCUAUGUGCUGACCAUGGUCCCUGUGUCUCUGGUGCACACAACACUAUAGUAACAGCAAGGGCAGGAAAGGAUUUAGUUUCCAGUCUCGUCUCAGGUUUGCUCACAAUUGGUCCCCGAUUUGGUGGUGCCAUUGAUGAUGCUGCUCGAUACUUGAAGGAUGCUUACGACAGGGGCCUAACUCCCUACGAGUUUGUCGAAGGCAUGAAAAAGAAGGGUAUUCGCGUUCCUGGAAUUGGGCACAGGAUCAAGAGAGGCGACAACCGAGAUAAAAGAGUAGAGCUGUUGCAGCUGUUUGCACGCACACAUUUCCCUUCUGUGAAAUACAUGGAGUAUGCCGUUCAAGUAGAAACCUACACAUUAUCAAAGGCUAAUAACCUGGUUCUCAAUGUUGAUGGUGCAAUCGGGUCCCUGUUUUUGGAUCUGCUUGCGGGCAGCGGAAUGUUCACCAAACAGGAGAUUGACGAAAUUGUUGAGAUUGGGUAUUUGAAUGGGCUCUUUGUGUUGGCACGUUCCAUUGGUCUCAUCGGGCACACCUUCGACCAAAAGAGAUUGAAACAGCCACUGUACCGUCACCCAUGGGAGGAUGUUCUGUACACCAAGUGAGAAAAGAGGGGUGAUUUACAGAGUUUGCAAUUUACGGAGAUGUCGGUUCAGUUAUUAGAUUAGAGUUGUACUGUUGAUUUGUAACUUUGUAUCAGAAGUUUUAAUUUAGAGUGUUCCCAAUCAUUUAUUUAGAGAAAUGUCGCCAUAAGUUCCUAGAUUCAGGUUUCAAAGAGCAAUAAAAGACAUCGUAUGUAUCUGCAAAAAAAUGUUGAUCGCUAUUGUACUUUUUAAGUUUUCAUUUAAGUUUUUCGUUUUGGGGCA